CUUUUGAUUGGCCGCAACGCUGUAAACAUUUCAAUAAAAUUUUCCAGCCGUUUCUAUCAUUUUCUUUCGCUCUGUACAUUUGGAAAAUCCGAGUGAACUCAAUAGAGAGAGAAAGAUUAGAGAGUCUAGAGAGAGAGAGAGCAAAGAAAGAGGAAUAGCUAUGGCUCCUGGUGACGAGAAAUCACAGGAAGCCAUUUCAUCUAUCGUCAUUAUCAUCGCUAUGCAAGCGGAAGCGAUGCCUCUAGUGAACAAGUUCGACCUCAAAGAAGACCAGAACUCUGUGUUUCCAGAAGGGGUCCCGUGGGUCAGGUAUCAUGGUACUUACAAAGACCUUCAUAUAAACAUAAUAUGGCCUGGAAAAGACUCAACUUUGGGAGUUGAUAGUGUAGGCACAGUUUCUGCGUCCCUAGUAACAUAUGCUUCUAUUCAAGCUUUAAAGCCAGACCUGAUCAUAAAUGCUGGCACUGCCGGUGGCUUUAAGGCCAAGGGAGCAAGCAUCGGUGAUAUUUUCCUCGUUUCUGAUGUUGCUUUUCAUGAUAGGCGGAUACCUAUCCCUGUCUUUGAUCUGUAUGGAGUUGGCUUGAGGCAUGCCUUAUCAACACCCAAUCUUUUGAAGGAGCUCAACCUUAAGGUUUGCAAAUUGUCUACUGGUGACUCUUUAGAUAUGUCCCCACAAGAUGAAGCAACGAUUAUUGCUAAUGAUGCAACAGUUAAAGACAUGGAGGGAGCAGCCGUUGGCUAUGUAGCUGAUCUUUGGAAAGUCCCUGCAAUAUUCGUCAAAGCUGUAACCGAUAUAGUGGAUGGUGAGAAGCCAACAGCCGAGGAGUUAAUGCAAAAUUUGGCUGCAGUGACUGCUGCACUUGAUACGGCAGUCACCCAAGUAGUUGAUUUCAUCAAUGGAAAGCGCCUCUCUGAACUCUAACAUGCUGGGUCCUGACUUUAUUUUUCUGGAAAAGAAAAAAACAUAUUAGACUAAGUUUCUCAUAAAACUGAAGUUCCUAUAUGAUUGUGGAAACUUGAUUGUUAUAGUUUGAGUUCGGUAGGUAUAUUUUAAACUUAACCUGCCUAAUAUUUUUUGUCUUGUACACGGGCUUCUUCAGAAAAUUGCAUAUGGCCUACUCAAAGAAAAGAAAGUGUUUAGUUCAUGACAUAUGGUCCUUUUUUGGUUCACUACCAGUUGUAGCCAAGAAAGAAUGCUUCUAAUAGGAACAAAUUGGAUAAAUGAAUGCCUAUAGUCUGUAAUAGAAUUUCCUUAAUCCUGAUUAGGAUAUGUUUUGCAAUCAACGGAUUGAUUGUGUGAA